AUGGAGAAUGAGAAGAAGAUGAUCACGUUGAAGAGCUCCGACGAUGUAUCCUUCGAAGUCGAAGAAGCGGUCGUACUUCAGUUUCAGUUCUUGUCGUCUGUUUUUCAAGAUUGCGCCGGUCGUGUAUACCCGGUCCAAGUCACAGGCAAAAUCCUCGGGAAGGUGGUUGAAUACUGCAAGAAACACGUCGUUGUUGUCCACGGUGGCGAUUCUUCCUCCUCCUCCGGUGAUGAUGAUCUCAAGAAGUGGGACGCUGAGUUCAUCACGCAGAUGGAGCUGUCUACGGUCUAUGAUCUCAUCAAGGCUGCGAACUACUUGGACGUCAAAGGUCUUUUGGAUCUCACUUGUCAGAGAGUCGCUGAUGAGAUCGCAGCGUGCAAAGACCACAAGGAGAUUCGCGCAAAGCUCGGCAUCGAGAGUGACUUUACGGAAGAGGAGGAAGCAGAGGUUCUCAAGGAGAAUGGCUUUUGA